CGUCACCCUCAAGUUCAGCCAAUCAUACUGCUGUUGGACUGUGUUAUGCGAGUUAAACAACAAAUUUGUUUUCCUUCAUGCAAUCAUAGGUGCCAUUUUAAUGAAGAUUACUUCAGAAAAUUCAGCCUUGAUUUCGGGGGCAUACCGUAAUUUUAAUGGAGGAUGGGAAUCGACCUUUGAAUUCAAACCAAAUAACCCUUUGGUUUUUUCAGAUUGGCACUGCUCGAUAUUUUCUCUCAACUCAGGAUCAUCGUCAUCAUAUGUCUUGUAUGGUCUGUUACGGGAAAAAUGCUUCAAUCAACCACUCAUAUCUGUUUGUUCCAAUAAUGCAUGGAUUAUUUUGAAAACACUUUCAUCCAUUACUGCUGUUGAGAAGAACACUGGGACUGAAAUUUAUAGUGAUAUAACAGAUGUAACUCAGUUAGCUUCAGAUGGCGAUAGUGUUUAUUGUAUAAGAGAUGAGACACUUUGUCUUCUAACCAUCACUAAAUUAGAAGGAAUUACUACAAUUGAUCGUCCAUUUGGUUUCUCAGUUAAAAUAAAAUCGAUUUCAUGUGGAUUAGGAUUUUUGUUGUGUUUAACUUUUUCAGGACAAGUAUUCAGCCAGGGUAUAGGCAGUCGGGGUCAACUGGGUUUAGGUGACUUGUCUGACAGGACAGAACUAACUUUAAUUGAAGCUUUGCAAAUUUUAACUAUUACUCAGAUUUCAACUGGUCAUUGGCAUUCCGCAUGCCUAACUGAUACAGGAGAUGUUUAUACAUGGGGUUGGAAUGAACAUGGUCAGUUGGGGCAUAAGUCACUUGGAGUCAAGAAUAAGUUGGGGGUAAUCAGUGAAACUGAACGUCAAAGCUGUGUUUCUGUGCUUGCUGUCCCAACACCUGUAGAUUUUCCCGAUGAACUGCCUAUUUCCCAGAUCUCAUGUGGUGGUCGUCAUACAGUUUGUCUCACAGAAGAUGGCAUCGUAUUUUGUUUCGGUUGGAAUGGAUACGGUCAGUUAGGACUUGAUUCAUCUGUGGAAGCUGUAGAUAUACCGGUGAAACAGUCUGUUUUAACAGCUCAACAAUUGAAAUCCAACAUGACUAUAUCCUCAGUUUCUUGUGGUUUAUGGUCUACAAGUCUUCAGUUAAAUUCAAAAGAUUGAUAUUUUCAUAUAACAUUAUCUAUAAUGGAUUACAAAAGGCGAUUUGUACAAACUAUGUCGUGUUAUUCAUUCACAAUUGACGUAUG